CAGCGGCAGCCGGCUAGGGCGCGCCGUCGAGGAUGGCUGCCGAGGGCUGGCGCUGGAGUGAAGCGGGCCGCCCGCCGGGGACCCCCCGCGCUUGCCCGCGCCGCGCCGUCAGCGUAUGCGAGUCGCUGGACCUGCAAGGCGUGCCCGCCGUCCAGGCGGCCCUCAAGGCGGCCGAGCGCCAGCGCCAGCGCCCCAAGAGCCUCUGCUCGGUGGGCAACGGGCUGGGCGUAGGUCCCCUCGGAGCCGCCCGGCCCCCGACGCGAGCGCGCAGCGGCUUCCUGGACUUCCUGCGCCUCCGCUCGCCCCGACGGCACGACGACGAAGGGCCGCCGCGCCCGGGCAGCGCCGCCUUCCCGCCGACGGAGGCGCCCCCGACGGAGCCCGGGGGGUUCCUGCGCGGCGGCUCGCUGUGGGGCAGCCGGCGCUGGAACCUGUUCGGCGCCCGCGCCGACGGGGCGCGCAAGGGCCUCAGCUCGCUGCGCAAGAGCUUCAGCUUCCGCCUGCGCCGCGGCCACGAGCUGCACCGCUCGGGCUCCGGCCUGCUGCGCCCCGCGCGCCUCCGCACCCGCAGCGAGGGCGACGCCAACUCCCUGCACACCUUCCCCAGCAAGCGGGACCUGCUCUACCCCGACGCCGCGCAGCCCCGGGGGGACCGGGCGCGCCCCGACGGCGGAGGAGGAGGAGGCGGCAGCCUGUGGAAACUGCUGGCGGGCCGCCUCCGGCGCCGAGAACGCUGCGCGGGCCGCUCCUUCAGCCCCCUCGACCCCCGCGGGAGCCCCGCCAGCGCCCUCUGGAGCCUCCCGGGAGCCGAGCCCAUCCUCGUCUCUGUGGGGAGCCGCCGCAGCAGCGGGAGAUCGCCCGAUUCCUUUGUCAACAGCCAGGAGUGGACCUUGAGUCGGUCAGUGCCGGAGCUGAAAGUGGGGAUCGUGGGGAAUCUGUCCAGUGGGAAGUCCGCCUUGGUUCACCGCUAUCUGACGGGGACCUACGUGCAGGAGGAAUCGCCGGAAGGUGGCCGGUUCAAGAAGGAGAUUGUGGUGGAUGGGCAGAGCUACCUGUUGCUGAUCCGCGAUGAAGGAGGCCCUCCUGAGCUGCAGUUUGCGGCCUGGGUGGACGCCGUGGUCUUUGUCUUCAGCCUGGAGGACGAGAUCAGCUUCCAGACGGUCUACAACUACUACUUGCGGCUCUGCAGCUACCGCAAUACUUCGGAGGUGCCCAUGGUGUUGGUGGGCACGCAAGAUGCCAUCAGUGCCACCAACCCCCGGGUGAUUGAUGACUCCCGCGCCAGGAAGCUGUCAAACGACCUGAAGCGCUGCACCUACUACGAGACGUGUGCCACUUAUGGGCUCAAUGUGGAGAGAGUCUUCCAGGAUGUGGCCCAGAAAGUGGUAGCCCUGCGCAAGAAGCAGCAGCUCUCCAUUGGGCCCUGCAAGUCGCUGCCCAACUCUCCCAGCCAUUCGUCCGUCUCGGCUGCCUCCAUCCCCUCUGUGCACAUCAACCAGGCUGCCAACGGGAGCGGGGCCUUCAGCGACUACUCGUCCUCGGUGCCCUCAACCCCCAGCAUCAGCCAGCGAGAGCUGCGGAUCGAGACCAUUGCCGCCUCCAACACCCCCACCCCCAUCCGCAAGCAGUCGAAGCGCCGGUCCAACAUCUUCACAUCUCGGAAAGGCACGGACAUCGAGCGGGAGAAGAAGCCCCCGGAGUGUAAGGCGGACACCAUCGGCAGCGGGCGGGCCAUACCCAUUAAGCAGGGCGUCCUCCUGAAGCGCAGCAGCAAAUCCCUCAACAAGGAGUGGAAGAAGAAGUACGUGACCUUGUGCGACAACGGCGUCCUGACGUACCACCCCAGUCUGCACGACUACAUGCAGAACAUCCACGGGAAGGAGAUUGACCUGCUGAGGACGACGGUGAAGGUGCCCGGCAAGAGGCUUCCGCGGGCCACGACCACCGCUGCCCCCAGCGCCAGCCCCAAAACCAACGGGCUGGCCAAGGAGAGGAGCAGCAUCCAGUUCCCUGGAGGCUCCAGUGCCCCCCACUCGGCCAGCAGCACCUCCCUGCACUCGGAGCGCUCGGGCAGCGGCACCAACCUGGUGGGCUUCAGCAUGAAGCCGGAUGGCGGCGGGGGAGGGGGCAUGCACCAGCGGUCCUACUCUGUCUCCAGCGCAGACCAGUGGAACGAAGCCGUCGUCCUGCCUAGCAGCGUCCCAAACCCAGCCAACGGCACCGCCGACUCGCUCAGCUCCAGCCCCAACGUGUCCAGCACCGCCAGCCCCAAGCUGGAGCCCCCGCCAUCCCCCCACGCCAACAGGAAGAAGCAUCGCCGGAAAAAGAGCACCGGCACCAGCCGGCCGGAUGGGGCUGGGACAGUGGCCGAAGAGCAAGACGAGUCCUUUGAGUUUGUCAUUGUGUCUCUGACGGGCCAGUCGUGGCUCUUUGAGGCCUCCGCGGCCGAAGAGAGGGAGCUCUGGGUUCAAGCCAUUGAGAGCCAGAUCCUGGCAAGUCUCCAGGGCUGCGAGAGCAGCAAGAACAAGGCUCGCCUGGGCAGCCACAGCGAUGCGCUGGCUCUGCAGUCCAUCCGCACGGUGCGCGGAAACAGCUUCUGUGUGGAUUGCGAUGCGCCCAAACCGGACUGGGCCAGCCUCAACCUGGGGGCCCUCAUUUGCAUCGAGUGCUCCGGCAUCCACCGCAACCUGGGCACGCACCUCUCUCGCGUCCGCUCCCUCGACCUGGACGACUGGCCUCUGGAGCUGGUGAUGGUGAUGACGGCCAUCGGCAACACGCUGGCCAAUUCCGUGUGGGAAGGCGCCAUCGAGAACUACCCCAAGCCGCCCCCGGAGAGCUGCAGGGAGGAGAAGGAGCGCUGGAUCCGGGCCAAGUACGAGCAGAAGCUCUUCCUGGCCCCUCUGCCCCACUCGGACGUGCCCCUGGGGCAGCAGCUGCUGCGGGCCGUGGUGGAGGACGACCUGCGGGCCGUGGUCACUCUGCUGGCGCACGGCACCAAGGAGGAGGUGAACGAGACCUACGGGGACGGAGAUGGCCGGACAGCCCUGCACCUCUCCUGCGCCAUGGCCAACGUGGUCUUCACGCAACUCCUCAUCUGGUACGGGGUGGACGCCAAGAGCCGCGACGCCCGAGGCCUCACCCCCAUGGCCUACGCCCGCCGGGCCGGCAGCCAAGAAUGUGUGGACAUCCUGCUCCAGCACGGGUGCCCCAGCGACGCUGCCAUGAGCUCCCUCACGCCCAGCCUGCCCCGCAGGAACGUCAACAACAACGCCUCCCCUUCCGGUGCUCUGUCCCCCGAGCCCCCGUCCCCCACGGCCCACUGAGCCCCCUCCGGGACAGCCCUCCGGCAGCGCUGCGAGUGCGGGGCAAAGGCAGCAGCCCUUGGCACCCGAGGGGCCUCUCCUUUGCCAGGCCUCCUCCUUCCCAUCCCCCAGGAAAAAGGGAACACGGGGCCCCCAGAGGGCCCAGAGCAAAGGGAACCCCCUUUCCCCUCUCCCUGGCUGCACUUGUGGUGUGUCAGUACUAUAGAGCCCCCCCCCCUUGCCUUCCCCCGCGUCCGCCGCUGCAGCCUUUCCGGGACAGACCUGGGGUGGCCCCCCACUUUGGAUGCUGCUCCCCCUUCUCCAGCCUCCCACCCGUCUCAGCCACUUGUGUAUAAAAUGUACAUUGGAAAUAUUUAUAUGACGGUCUGUAAAUAAGGUUUCUUUGCCGUU